GAGCCACAUCUGGAAUAGUAGCUACAGAGAAAGAAAGUCGAGAGAAGCAGAACCUCGUUGAUCCCUUCCUCAAACUCUUCUCCUCAGCACUCCUAUUUCCACGGAAACUCUUUGCUUUGCCUCUAUCUACUUGAAAAAAUGCUGCUCAUCCUGCUCGGAGUGCUCAUUUUGCACCUAAUCAUCCUCAUUCUUCUCAUUGUGUCCACAGCAGCCAGUGCCUGGUCUGUAGGUGGGGAUGGGAGCACGGAUCUAUGGUACAACUGCAUGACAACUGAUGUAGGCUACCACUGCAAGCCAGCUAGUAAUGAAGACUGGAUCCAGGCAGUGCAAGCCCUCAUGAUCCUCUCCCUGCUCUUCUGCUUCUUCUCCCUCAUCGCCUUCGUGUUCCAGCUGUUCAAACUGGUCAAGGGUGGACGCUUCUUCUUCACUGCCAUCUUCCAGAUCUUGGCGAGUGUGUUUGUGAUGUGCGCGGCGAUCAUCUACACCGUGAUGAGUCCGGAUGAUGGAACCGGCAGCACACAGUUCGGCUACGCCUACGUGCUGGCUUGGGUGGCUUUCCCUCUCUGUCUCAUCAGCGGCCUCAUUUAUAUCGUCCUGAGGAAGAAAGAAUGAGAGAAGGAGCGGAGGGGAAAAGAGGAGGGGGAGCUCGGAUGCCCCCUCACAACAACAUCGCACUGUGCCUACUGCCCACAGACCAUAGACUGACAUCCCAACAGUACAACAAAAGUGCAUGUGUCACUAAUAACUGUAAACACAAAAUGGAGACAUUUAUCACAGCUGGAGACUUUAUUUUUUUUGUUGCUGUAUUUCAGUAUCCAUCACCAUAUAUUUCCAUCACAUGCUGAGAAACAUCACACCUGUUUGCUUUGUGAAUUCUGACAAAGGCUGAGCGUCACCACACGUGUUUCCCACGGUGACAGAUUGUCUUCCAAAUGUGUUUAUGAAUGUGUUGGAGACAUAUUGACUUUUGUUGCAUGCUGGCACCCACAAAUCCAUCAUGUGUGAUCACAAAGACGAGUAAUCCUGCCUCGCUUCAGUACAAAGAUGUACAUAGUGUCUGUGGUUUUUAGACAUAUUUAUAACAUUUUUACAUACAAUUUGUACAUAGUGUUGUCAAGUUAACAUUGUCAUGCCCAUUUACGUGAUAGAGUUUUGUUGUCUCUCACAAAUCAUGCAGCUGUGCCAAAGAGAUGUCGCUUAAACUGCCAGAGUAUCAAGCUUUUUAAUAAAACUGUCUGGUUUUCUUUUGUUUUUGUUUUUUGUGUGUCCUACGCUUUGAACCAUGUGCCUUACAUAGAAUAUCUGUUGAAGGAAAUGAGAAAAUCCUCGGAAAUUAAUAAAAAAAAAACAAUAAGAAGUCUUAAUAAACCCUUGAAGUUCUUUUCUUCUGAAUUAUCAUUUUACUUGAUAUGCCAAAUAAAAAAAUGUUUUUCAUUUUGUAAUCGAGUCUUGAAAAUGGUGCUUUUUUAUUUACUAUUCUUGAAAUGUAUAGCCUACUUUGUGUUGCAAGUGUGCCCUGUGAUUAAUUCGCUUUGUACAAACCCCAGUUUGCAUUUUUGUCAGUAUUCUUCUAAAUAAACCCUUUGAAAUGAA